AUUGGUAAUAGAUGACGUGAAAUGUGAUAAAAUUAUCGAUUGGCAUUGAUUUAUACUGUAAAAUGUCUGGGUCUCGUGUAUAAAAACGAUUGCUGAUCUCGAUUCGCAAUAUCAGUUGUUGUAGUUGCAUUUGAGACGAACAGACGUAACAAGCAGUACUAUGAAGGGAAUAAACGUGGUCCUUCUUGCCGUAUUUGCCAUAACGGCCAUAAUUCACGUUUCUGAAGCCGUGCGGUGUCCACCAGUCAAUGGAGCAUUAGUCACUUUACUUCCGAAUCCGGCUAAUUGUAAAACCUUUUAUUCUUGCAACAAUGGCAUACCUACUUUGUUGGGAUGUCCUAGUGGACUUUAUUUCAACCCCAAAUUACAAGUAUGCGAUUGGAUAGUACGUGACGAAAGCAAUGGUUGUGACGCGUUUAUCCCCACAAGCACUUCUGAGGAUCCCAGUAACGUUUCAUCUGAGCCUCCCAGUACCGGUACAACUGAGGAAACCAGUGCCACUUCAUCUUCAUCUGAGGAUCCCAGUAACACUACACUUACAACUGAGGAUCCCAGUAACGUUUCAUCUGAGCCUCCCAGUACCGGUACAACUGAGGAAACCAGUGCCACUUCAUCUUCAUCUGAGGAUCCCAGUAACACUACACCUACAACUGAGAAUCCCAGUAGCACUUCACCUCCAACUGAGGAUCCCAGUACCGUAUUUGGGAUUUACUUGCCUAAAAACUUUAAAGCACAUGAAAUAAUAUUUGUAUAACAAUUGCGAAUAGUGUAGAAACGUCGGAAUUUGUUAGCCGUAACAUACAUUCAGAUAUGCAAACUAUGUAAGAAAAUAAAUAAGUCACAGCUAGAA